GUUAGAUCAAAGACUAUACUGCCGGUUAAACAUUAACCAUUUGACUAAGUAUCUGAGGAAUGGUAAGUUCAUAGGGCAAACAUUUUAGACUUGUAUAACAUACUGUAAUGAAAAGGACAACUGUCUUAGAACAUGUUGGCAAAUACGAUCAUUGCGGCGAGGAAUUAUCGGCGUCAAAGACCUCUCCAUGUUAUUGCAGGGAGGCUGUAAGUCCGUCGAGAUUGGAAUAUUGGAAAUAGGAAAAUAUACAUGACAGGGACAAUGUAUGCGCAACAGAUGCAUAUUACACUGGACAAAGAUACCAUGGAAUCAAAAGAUGUAUUCGUCGUCGGUGACGUGCAUGGCUGUUUAGAUGAACUUAAAGAACUGCUGACGAAAGCAAAUAUCGUUGAAGAAAAUAAUGACACACUUAAGGAUGACGUUGUACUGAUAUUCGUAGGUGAUAUAGUUAACAAAGGGCCUAAGACGGCAGAGGUUGUAAAAUAUAUAAAAGAUUUGGGUCCUGGUGUUUAUUCAGUAAGGGGGAAUCACGAAGAAAAAGUUAUUAAAAGGAAAUGGAAACGAAAAUCAUAUUGUGUUGAUCUGGUACGUGGUAUAACAGAGAGUUCAAAAAUUGAUCAGCUGACUAUAAGUGAUGUAGAAUACUUAGAAAGUUUUCCCUACACUAUUUCUAUCCCACAUCUAAAUAGUAUUAUCGUUCAUGCAGGAAUACUUCCAAGCAUCCCGCUACACGAGCAGACUGUUGUCAACAUGACGUGUAUGCGAAACAUUGUCCAAAACAGCGCUGGGGCAAUGUCAGGUUAUGUUGAAACCGACAAGGGGUGUCAAUGGGCAGAUUUGUGGCCAGGGCCACAGCAUGUGUAUUACGGUCAUGAUGCACGGCGGGGGAAGGACGAUGUCGGCAGGCCCCGUGUACAGCUUCACCAAUUUGCAACCGGGCUAGAUACUCGCUGUGUAAAAGGUGGUGAACUGACUGGAAUAUUUUUAAAUUCAAAAUGUAUCCAUUCUGUUAAAGCUCAUCAUAAAUAUUCCGAUUAGUUUGGAACUGGUAGGAUGACGACCUUUUUCAAGUUGGGGGCACAUGGCGUAAUCUAGCAAAACUAGUACAAAGACGUCUACGUAGUUUCAACAAUAGGAAAAUAUUUAUGCCAUGCAUUUGUAUGGGCGAUUGGUCAUACGUAUAGGUUGGCGUUUCGAUUGUAUAUGCAAGCUUAAACUACCUAAUAUUAGGAACAAUCUCCUUAUCGUAAGGCGCUUACCCUAAGUAGCGAUAGAAUAUUCAGAAAUUGGAAUGUCCUAUUGAAUUUUCUCCUUUUUUAUACACCUAGUAUACAGGUAUAAGCGCUAAACUGUUAAUCUAGGCUAUAUGCACACUUUGUACAAAGCUGAGAGAUGUAGAGCAUGUUUACGAUAAGGAAUGUACCUGGAUAUAGCUUAGUUUAGGAUUCCAAUAAGGAACCCAUUAAGAUUUCAAAAAACAUGCGGAUACCUCGCACUAACUUUUAUAGAAGCGAAAUAAAACUCUUGGCUGCACAUGUGUGGAACUUAAAAUCAAGGAUCAAAUGCGAGAAUAGAACCAUGCAUCUUUCAGAUUUCUAAACAUGACAUUCAAUACAAACACAAGAA